AUGAAGCCAUAUUCAACUGCUAGUCAAGUAUCAUCCCUCAUUCAACCAUGGCUUGCUGAUAAGCUUUCCUUCCGUGUUCCGCCUCCAAUGGCCUUGAUCAUCAUUGACAAGCGCUUUCCGGUGUCUGCCAAGCCGGGAGGAGCGACAGAUUGGGAAUGUGAUAAAGAAGGUGGCUACAUUCUCUUUCGUCGAUAUGAGGGGCUAAGCGAGUCUAACGCAGCGAGGUCGCCGGAGGUUAGCGAGGAUAGGAAGGCAAAAGAAGGAACGAGGGCGAGUUUGCAGGACCCGACGACGAUGUGGGAUGCCAAGAAAGCCAAGAUGGCCAAGAUGGCAACUCUAUCGACCUUGCCGCAUGUCCCCAUGCUUGAGCUGGAUCGGUGGGUAAAGAGAAACGGUCGAAGUCUUGUCUGA